GGAGCAGCGGGCCGGGAGGAUUGUUAAGCACACCCACACCUGGUGAGGUGCUGCCAGCCACCCUGGCAGCCGAAUCCCUGGUGUACAGGAGGACGGGAGCGAUCUUCCCAUGGCAUCCCGCCUGCCCAUGGUGAUGCUGAUGCUGCUUCAGGCAGUUUGGGAAGGUGCUUUGGGAAAAUCCCAUUCACUGCACACCCGAGGAAUCAUCGAGCUGGCAGGAGCUAUAUCGUGCGGAACGGGACGGUCUCCAUUGGCAUAUAUUGGCUAUGGAUGCUACUGUGGACUGGGAGGACAAGGCUGGCCUAAAGAUAAAACAGACUGGUGCUGCCACAGGCACGACUGCUGCUAUGACAAGGCAGAGAAGGAAGGCUGCAGCCCCAAGGCACAGCGCUACCAGUGGGUGUGUGAGCAGAACACCGUGCGGUGUGAUAACCUGACAGAUCGAUGUGAAAAAAUGGUGUGCCUGUGCGAUCAAGAAGCAGCCAAGUGUUGGGGAGCAGCUCCGUACAACCCACACUUCAUCCUCUGGCCAGACUUUCUAUGUGGACAGACUCAUCCCACCUGCCAUUUCAGAUAUGGAGGGGCAGAAUAGUCUUUUUAGGACCUUUCUUCGAACCCUUUGAAUCUAAAGGUGCUGGAAUAAAAUUUUACCUCUUUUACCAGAGCUAA